AUAAACUCACCGCGUUCCCUCGCCGCGCCAUGAAUGUUGCGGAGCGGCGCAGCUCCUCCACACCCGCUCCGCGCAAGUCCAGCAAGGUUGCGCAGGCGACGUUGGAGCUGCGUCGUUUGCAGGAGGAGAAUCGUGAGCUAUUGGGCUGCUUGCAGGCGGAUCUUGACGACGACAAUUUGGAGUCGAAGGACCUGGACCCCCAGCAGCGCUGGGUGCUCCUGAAGCAGCAGCUUGAGCAGGAGGACUUUGCGUGUCGGAAGGUGCUGAGGCAACUGCAAAGGCAGCAGAGUGCCAUUCUCGCGAUGAGGCACGGAAGAAGCAGGAACCUUCAGGACUUGAUAUCAGAGAGUGCAUCCUUUCUGGAGGCACUUCCAGACAGCUUUGCACAUGCGCAGCGAGCGCGAAUUGCAAAACAGAGGAUCUGGCAAAGCCUUAGCAUGGUGUUGCAGGACGUUGCAACUGCGUUGCAGCGCUCAGGC